AUGGGUGUCUUCAAACACAGCAACGAAUUGAAGCUCUGUGUAUCGGCCAAGAGGAUGUACAGGGCCAUGGUUACUGAAACCCAUACCAUCCCCCUUCCGCCAGCCAUCAAGAGCAGCGAGCUCCUCCAUGGUGAUGGCGGUGCCGGAAGCAUUAGGAAGACAAAUCUUGCAGAUGGUAGUCACCUCAAGGAAAUCAUCGAAGCCCUCGACAACGACAACUACGCCAGCAAGCACACAGUGACAGAAGGAGCUUUGCUUGGGGACAAGAUGGAGUCGAUUCACUACGAGCAGAAGUUUGAGGACACAAAGGAGGGAUGUGUUGCAAAGAUAGUGAACGAGUACCACACCAACGGUGAUGCCCACCUUAGUGAUGAGGAGAUCAAGACAACGGCUGAGCAAGCCCUUUCUUUCUACAAGCUUACUGAAGAAUUUCUCCUUGCCCAUCCUGAGUUGUGCGCCUAA